AUGACGCUCCAAACACUUGCCGUGGCGGUGGUUACGGUCGUCUACUUUGUCAUCCGCUACUUCAACCGUACAGAUGUACCCAAGAUCAAGGGGUUGCCGGAAAUCCCCGGCGUGCCCCUCUUCGGCAACUUGUUGCAGCUGAGAGACCAACACGCGGUGGUCACAGGCAAGUGGGCGAAGAAGUUCGGCCCUGUCUUCCAGGUGCGCAUGGGAAAUAAGCGCAUCGUGUUUGCCAACAGCUUCGACUCGGUGCGUCAACUGUGGAUUAAGGAUCAGUCGGCCCUGAUCUCGCGACCAACCUUCCACACGUUCCACAGCGUCGUCUCCAGCUCCCAGGGCUUUACCAUCGGCACUUCUCCGUGGGAUGAAUCCUGCAAGCGACGUCGCAAGGCCGCGGCCACGGCCUUGAACCGACCGGCGACACAGUCCUAUAUGCCCAUCAUCGACCUCGAGGCCAACACCAGCAUCAAGGAACUGUACCGGGAGAGCCAGAACGGCACCCUGGACGUGAACCCGACCGCGUACUUUCAGCGGUUUGCCCUCAACACCAGUCUGACACUCAACUACGGCUUCCGCAUCGAAGGCAAUGUUGAUGACCGGUUGCUGAAGGAAAUCUGUGACGUCGAGCGCGGCGUGUCCAAUUUCCGCAGCACGUCCAACAACUGGCAGGAUUACAUUCCUUUGCUGCGUAUCCUGCCCAAGAUGAAUAACGAGGCCGAGGGAUUCCGGGCUCGUCGCGACAAGUACCUGACCUUCCUUCUGGACAUGUUGAAAGAACGUAUCGCCAAAGGCACGGACAAGCCCUGUAUCACGGGCAACAUUCUCAAAGACCCCGAGGCUAAGCUCAACGACGCUGAGGUGAAGUCGAUCUGUCUCACGAUGGUGUCGGCCGGUCUGGACACCGUCCCCGGUAACCUGAUCAUGGGCAUCGCGUAUCUGGCCUCGGAAGAUGGCCAGCGGAUCCAGAAGAAGGCCUACGAGGAGAUCAUGAAGGUCUAUCCGGAUGACGAUGCUUGGGAGAAAUGUCUGGUUGAGGAGAAGGUGCCCUACGUGACAGCCCUGGUCAGGGAGGUUCUGCGGUUCUGGACCGUCAUUCCCAUCUGCCUGCCUCGCGAGAGCACCAAGGAUAUCCAAUGGAAUGGAGCUAACAUCCCCGCCGGCACGACCUUUUUCAUGAAUGCCUGGGCUGCUGACUACGACGAGGACCACUUCAAAGAUGCGACCAAGUUUAUUCCCGAGCGCUACCUCGACCUCGGAGACGCGUCUGGCACUCCCCACUAUGCAUAUGGUGCAGGCUCCCGCAUGUGUGCAGGUUCUCACCUGGCGAAUCGAGAGCUUUACACGGCGUUUCUUCGUUUGAUCACUGCGUUCCAAAUGCACCCGGCAAAGGAAAUUAGUGACCGGCCCAUCCUGAAUGCGAUCGAGUGCAACGCCAUCCCGACGAGCCUGACCACGGAGCCUAAGCCGUUCAAGGUGGGCUUCGUCGCGCGCGAUUCGAAGAAAUUGGAGCGGUGGAUUGCCGAAAGUGACGAACGCACCAAGGAUCUGUGA